AUGGCCCGCGAAAAUCUAUCUGAUACAUCUCACGAGGAGCUUGCAAAAGCCGUUCCGCAUAUCAAUAGCGCGGCGCCUGGCAUAGAGGAAGACGCCACGAAGGACCUACGAUCUGCACUAGGAAAUCUCAAAAUCCAAUGCGAUACGGACGAUUGCUGCAGCUCUGAUGAGCCAGACUCUCCCAUACCAGAUACGCCUGUGUGCAAGGGUUAUAUAAUAGACUCCGAGCUGGCAGGCCAAUUGCUCGGAGAGCGCUAUUACUUUACUGCCCCAAUAAUGGAACAAGAGACGUCUGAACUUGUCGUGUUCAGCUUGAGCCCGACCCAUAGGAUGGUCUCUCGAGUGGAUGAAAAUGGAUCAUUUCACCACUAUCAUCUCGACCGGUCCUCCGAUUCAGUUGUUCAUUUCAUGAUAGGGUAUUUGACCUACCGGUGGGAUACGCGACACUGCACACUAUCCUAUGAGGAACCUGAAAUAGUACCAGGCAGUAGUCAAUUCAGUUUUGGUAGCGUUCACCUAUACAUGCGUCUUGAAGAAGCUAGGGAGUUCGCACAGUCGAACAAUCCUCCAGUAUCAAGUAACUAUACGCCGGAAUGCCCACCUCUCAUCGAUGACAAUGGUACAUCACCUCCAUCUCCUGCCAGCGUUCCACCGACAGUUUCCGGGACCUGUAUUGUAUUUUGCGCGGGCUAUUUCGGGCAAUCACCGGACCAAAAGGUCAUAGACCAAUGGGUAGAUCAUGCUGUUACGACGCAUCAAGCUGCUCGCGAUGGAGUAAAUCUAAAAUGCCCCGAAAUGGGUUGUAAAGCUAGCUCCCGACGCCCACAUGCACUCAAGACGCAUUUAUAUACCCAUUAUGGAAUUAAACGUAAGCCCAAAUACAUAAUGUCAAAGGCGCUCUAA